AGGGGGCAGCAGACUGUCAGUCACAACAGUGUUUACAUCUCGAGACUGAGCAGAGUUUAGCCCCUGACCUUAGUCCUUUGUCUCCCAGGAUGAAAUGGAAACCUUAACCAUAAGUACAAAUGCCUUCAAACUUUAAAGAAGAAGUUUUUCCUGCAGGUGAACAGAAAGUGAAAGAAGAACCUGUUGACAUGGAGGUGGACGAAGAAGGUAAAACCUUAAGCAAUGAGGAAGUCAGACUCGUCCUCAUUGGGAAGACUGGAUCUGGGAAAAGCGCGUCUGGGAACACCAUCCUGGGCCGCAAGCAGUUCCUGUCGCAGAUCAGCGCCAGCUCUGUCACACGGAUCUGUGAGCUUGGUAGCGCUGAGGUCAUGGUAGAAGAGGACACAGAGGAAGAUGGACUGGCUGCCAAAAAGGAAAGUAAGAGGAGAAUUACAGUGGUGGACAUGCCUGGUUUUGGAGACACUCACCUCACUGAGGAGGAGACUCAUGCAGAAAUAGCCAAGUGUAUUUCCAUCUCUGCGCCUGGUCCUCAUGCUUUCCUCCUGGUUGUGCCAGUAGGACGAUAUACAGACUGUGAGGACCAGGCUGUUUGCCAGUUGAUCAAGAUCUUUGGAGAAGCUGCUGUUCUUCAUCACACCAUCAUCCUUUUCACUAGAGGGGAUGACCUGGAAAACAUGACGAUUGAAGAUUAUCUGGAGACUGCACCAGCUGGCCUCAAAGCUCUGAUUGCAAGGUGUGGAGGAAGAUACCAUGUCUUCAACAACAAAGAUACCAACAACUCAGUGCAAAUACAGAAACUACUGUUGAAAGUGGAAAAAUUGGUUAAGCAGAGUAACAGAGGGUUUUAUAGUAAUGAGAUGUUUUUAGAGGCAGAGGCUGCCAUCAGAGACGAGCAGACGAAAUUGCUAAAGGAGCGAGGGCCUGCAGAUGAUUCAGAUCAGGACGAGAAUACACUACCAAAACGAAGAAAACAAGAUUUGGAGCCAAAUCAUAGAGAGGAAUCUGGUUUUAGGGUGGAAAGGUGGACAGAAGAAAGAAGAGAUAACCCCUUUUCUCCUCUGAGAGGAAAUGUUAGAGGCCGACAUCAGGGUGGGAGCAGGUCGGUCAGCCAGCGGCGGACUCUUCGUUCAUCCUUGGGUCGCAUCAGAAGGGAAGCGGCUCUUUCUCCAAAGGUGCUGGAGAAAAUUAAGAUCCUGGUGGCCUCUGGGGCCACAGGCAUGGCAGUGGGGGCUGCAUUUGGAGCUGCCGUGCCGUUAGCUGCUGCAGCUGGAGUCUCUCUUGUGGGCAGUUCUGUUGGUUUUGCUGCCAGUCAGCUUGCUGGAAUGUCGGUUGCAGGAGGUACGGGUAUUGGGAAAGCGGUUGGUGCGAUUGUGGCUGCAGCCUCAGGAAAAACUGCUGUGGCGUUAGGUGCAGCUACAGGUGUGGUUGUGGGCGGGUCCAUCGGAGCUGUUGCUGGUACUGAGGCUCUCGGCCCUCAGGAGGGCGCCCUAGAUGCCCUUCAGCAAGUCAGUUUAGUAGGAGCGUCUGCUGUGGGGGUUGCAGCAGGUUUAGGUUGCACCUUGGGAGCUGGUGCAGCUUUAGGUGCAGCUCUGGAGGGAAGCAGCUUUAGUGCUGCAGCUCUCAGUGGAGCUGAAACUGCAGCUGUCGGAGCAGCAGAUGCCGGCUCUGCAGCUGCAGCUCAGCUAACUUCAGCUGUGGCAGAACAUGCAGCAGGCUCUGCUGGAACCAUAUCUGCAGGGACUCAUCAGGGCACCUUUGCUGUGGCUCAGGAUUUAGCUGCAAAUGUUCCGGUGGUUGCUAGGACUGGCAGUGAGCUACAAGGAUGCAGAGUAGCUACAACUUCUCGCCUUUUGAACGCAGUGGCUGAGAUUGGAAAAGCUGCAGCAGGCUUCGCCCUGGCUGGAGGUCUGGUUGUGAAGGUGGUGAAGGAAAAAGUCAGAAGUUGUACAGGAACAGCAGGAACCAACUACUCUGAGAAAUCAUCCUAUGAAGUCUACUGGAACAAAUAAAUUCAAGCUAGGAGUCCAAUUUUAUGCAGUGGAAUCAUAUUCAUUUCUUGUGUACAUAUGAUAAGUACAUGCAGUGGCUUUCUCUCACUUUUAAGUUUUCAAAUUGUUAGUAAGUUGAAGUGAUUCACUAGAAGCUGUUUGCUUGAAACAAACAGAAUUUGUACCCCAAAAAAACUAUAAUCUGAAGAGAUUUUGGUUUGCUAUUUAGAUAAAUACAAAUAUGAUCAAUAUUAUGUGUAAUCAUGUCAUGAAAAUAAACUCAAGGAAAAAUAAACACUUGAUUAUUUGCACUCACAGAUGACAGUGGGUGUUUGUACUACACUGUCUAACAUUUAUUAUAUAGCCCAAACAGGAGCUUUGGACUUCUGUUCCUACCUCUGGUUUGGACCAUCUAGAACCAGGAAAUUAUUUUUAAAAUUUAUUAUUCUUAUGUUUCCUAACAGAUAAACAUGCACUUCUUUAGUUUUCCUACAUUAACGAUUAUGUAUUUUUCAAAUGACUGAUUUAAUUCUGUUUACCAACUGGCAUUUACCGUUAAGUGUUUUUUGUUACCAUUUCUCCACAUAAUGGAACAAAAGUAUUUUAAGCACAAUAUGCACUAAAUAAUAAAAAGUAUGUAAAAUGA